GCUAGAGAGGAGCAGCGCGCGGUGUUGAGAAAUCUCACUCAUUCACUCUCUCUCUCUGACAUGCAUAGAUAUGCAUGCAGGAUUAACCCUGUGCGGAGAAGACCCCUGUGCCAAAACUGCGUUGAUAGUCUACUUCUGAGGGAAACGAGAAGGAAACCCGAAUCCAUGCGUUCUGCCAUGCACAUUUAAUAUUCUUUUUGGUAUAUUCUGCUCACCAUUCCACGAAUAGUGUUGGGAGGAUUUAUGGACUGAAAACGGAAGGAGUUGUUCGUUUCAGAACUGUUUCUGUAUCGAGAAGAAACGCCACAGACAAUUUAACACCGACCACCAGACGUUAUUUCUCAUGUAUUAAUACUUAGUACCGACGUUAACAACCUGACGCGGAGUCGUAGGAAUGGCGGGGAGAAAUAACGCCGCUACUUAUGGAUUGUUUUUCAACGGGAGGAUUUUUUCUUUUCUUGAUGUCUGGAUUCUUUAAAGAAGGGGUGUCUGUGGUACCUCGAAGGAAGCAUUAACCGUAGUUGAUUCUCAGACGAGAAGCCUUAGUCUCGGUGGAGACGCAGGGAGCUGGCAAGCAGAAAAAAAAGUGAUCGACGAAGACUGAGGUGUUGCCUCUCCGAGGGCUCAUGGAUCUCCCUGUGGUGUUGUUUCUGCUGUGGGGACUAUUACUGGACUUGUUGAGUGGUGCGGUGGGUGGCAUUCUGUACCGCGUGCAUGAAGAACAGCCUCCCAGCACAUUGAUUGGCAGUCUGGCGGCUGACCAGGGUCUACCAGACACUGGACACCUGUACAAACUGGAAGUUGGCGCUCCCUACCUGCGGGUGGAUGGCAAAACUGGGGAUAUCUUUACUACAGAGAUCCCUGUAGACAGAGAGACUCUGAAAGAUUGUCGUAACAAAAACAAACCUUGCUUUCUGGAGUUUGAGGUGUCCGUCACAGACCUUAUUCAGAAUCAAAGUCCACGGCUGAUAGAGGGAAGGAUCGAGGUGCAGGACAUCAAUGACAACACACCGCAGUUCCCCUCACCUGUUCUCACCCUCUCAGUUCCAGAGAACACCCACGUGGGGGCACUCUUCUCAAUUUCUCUAGCCACUGACAAAGACACAGAAAGGAAUGGAGUAGCUGACUACACCUUAACGGCAGGACCAGAGGCUGUAGCACUCUUUGGUCUCCAGGUUGCAGAAGACCGAGGUGAAAAAUUGCCUCAACUUAUUGUGUUGGGAAACCUUGAUCGAGAGCUGAAAGAUUCCUAUGACCUCACCAUCAAAGCUGUGGAUGGAGGAAAUCCACCUCGCUACAGCAGUGCCUUGCUGAGGGUCGUCAUCGCUGAUGCCAAUGACAAUGCACCCAAAUUCGAAAAAUCAUCCUACGAAGCCGAAGUUGCAGAAAACAGCCCAGUCGGACACUCCGUGUUGCAGGUGAAGGCUAAUGAUUCAGACUUGGGUCCUAAUGGUGAGAUUGAAUACACAUUACAUCAGGCUGUUGAUCCUGUGCCAAAACUACUCCGGAUAGACCGUUCCACAGGCAUUAUAUAUGUUAAAGGUCCAUUGGAUCGUGAGGAGAUCAACAAUCUAAAGUUUUACGUCGUCGCCCGAGACAAAGGCCCCUCGCCCAAAAGUUCAAAAACAUAUGUUUCUAUUGAUGUGACAGACCAGAAUGAUAAUGCACCAGCAGUGGAGAUUCGUGGCAUUGGUCUUGUGACCCAUAAUGAUGGUGUGGCAAACAUUUCAGAGGACAUGCCGGUUGGCACUGCGGUAGCCCUGGUGCAGGUUUCCGAUAAAGAUGAAGGGGAGAAUGCUGUGGUGACCUGUGUGGUUGCAGGUGAUGUUCCUUUCCAGCUUCGACCAGCCAGCGAUUCCUCAGUUGACAACAAGAGGAAGUACUUCCUGCAGACCACAACCCCUCUAGACUACGAAAGGGUUAAGGACUACCGUGUGGAGAUAGUGGCAGUAGAUUCAGGCAACCCAGCACUGUCCAGCACUAACUCACUGAAAGUCCAAGUGACGGACACAAAUGACAAUCCCCCCAUUUUCUCACCAACCCUGUUUGAAGUGGAGUUUGCUGAGGAGAACCAGCCAGGCGAAAAGGUGGUAUAUGUUGUUGCCUCAGAUGCAGACAGUGGCACUAAUGCAGAGCUGGUCUACAACAUUAUUGCAGACUCUUCAACAAGGGGGCUUUUUGAGAUUGACCCCAACUCAGGAGAGGUACGUGCUCGGAGCCCUCUUGACCGCGAGCACAAGGAGCGCUAUGAGUUCCGUGUUACUGCAGCAGAUAAAGGGGUUCCUAGUCAUAGGGGUACCGCCACAGUUGUAAUUAAGGUUCUUGACAGAAACGACAAUGAUCCCAAGUUUAUGCUGAGUCUCUACAGCUUCUCAGUCUUGGAGAACAUGCCACCCCUUAGCCCUGUCGGCAUGGUAACAGUACAAGACAUGGAUGAGGGUGGCAAUGCUCAAGUACAACUUUCUGUGGAACCAGAUGUGGGAAAAUUUGUCAUCCAAAAUGGUACAGGCACUAUUCUGUCUAGUAUCUCAUUUGACAGAGAAAAGGAGAGCAGUUAUACAUUCCGUUUAAAAGCUGUGGAUGGAGGGGACCCACCCAGAUCGUCAUAUGUUGGUGUGACAAUCAAUGUCUUGGACGAGAAUGAUAAUGCACCUGUUGUUACCAAACCAUCUAAUUCAUCUUUCAGACGUCUGUCUCCCAUGGCUGCUCCAAACAGUGUUGUGGAAGUGGUGGAAGCAGAAGAUAUUGACUCUGGGUCCAAUGCUGAGCUAGUAUACAGCAUUGCUGGGGGAAACCCGCAUGAUCUUUUUUAUAUCUCUCAAACGGAUGGGGAGAUCACACUAACCAAGGAGUUAACUCGAAAACAUAGUGGUCUUCAUCGACUGGUUGUAAAAGUGAGUGAUAGAGGCAAACCAACCCGCCAUGCCAUUGCCUUGGUACACAUUUACGUAAAUGAGACCAUUGCUAAUGUAAGUCAUGUGGAGGCACUUGUGGGACACAGUUUGUACACCCCACUGGACAUGGACAUUGCAGGAGAUCCAGAAUACGGUUUGGCUGCCCAAAGAAGCAACAUUGUAUAUGGCAGUUUGGCUGGAGUGGCAGGGGUGGUCACUGUGAUCAUUGUGGUGGUCUUCAUCAGGCAUCGUCUUCAAAGAGAAGCUAAGAGUGGUUAUCAGGCUGGCAAAAAGGAGACCAAAGAUCUGUAUGCCCCCAAGCAAGGACCAAAAAGUGGCAAGGGGAGAAAAGGGAAAAAAGGUAAGCCACCAAAGUCACCCAAACCUCUUGGAGAGGAUGAGGAGGUCAGCCUUCAAAAAAGCCUGAAAUUUAACCUUGAUGGGGUAAAUGACAGCCCCAGGAUCCAUUUGCCUCUGACAUAUCCGCCUGGAAGUCCUGAUCUAGGCAGACACUACCGUUCCAAUUCCCCAUUGCCCUCCAUCCAACUCCAGGCGCAGUCCCCAUCUGCCUCUCAAAAGCAUCAGGUCGUCCAGGAGCUCCCUGCUGCCAACACCUUUGUGGGAACAGGCGGUGAUGACAACUCGACCGGCUCAGACCAAUACUCGGAUUACAGCUACAAGACCAAUCAACCAAAAUACAGCGCAAAAACGCUCCCGCAUCGCAGGGUGACAUUUUCCACCGCCAAUCCGGUGCAGGAUCAACAGGACUCCUCCCAGCAGAGUUACUACGACAGCGGCCUGGAGGAGUCCGAGACCCCCAGCAGUAAGAGCUCCUCGGGGCCCCGCAUCGGCCCGCUCGCCCUGCCUGAGGACCACUAUGAACGGACCACCCCAGACGGCAGUAUUGGAGAGAUGGAACACCCAGAAAACGAUAUCCGCUCACUACCUGACGUUGCCAUGACAGGAAACUGCAGUGAGGAGUGCAGCGAGCUGGGUCACUCAGAUGCCUGUUGGAUGCCCGGUCAGCCUUCACCCAUCCGCAAGACCCGCAACCCCCCCAAACUGUCUACGUUUGUGCCUUAUCAGGAGAGGGGGAGCCUGGGGCGCCUGGCCAAUGGGGGUGUGAGGCUUGGGGGAGAGGAGAACAGGCCACGCCUCCCACCUUCCCGCAGUGCCUACUCCAGUAGUGACCACAUGCCCAGUGACCACGCCCCACUGGAAGAGGUGCCUCUGAGCGUGACGUCAGAGUUCCCGCCCACCAGUCAAACCUCGAAUCACACCUCGAAAAGGGAGAUAUACCUGUGAGAUAACCACACCCACCAUCUUCGAUGCACAUCAGAAGUUACAGAGACACGGUUAAGAAAGAGAUUUGUGAAACCUGAACCUGCGACAGGAUGAAAUAUCAACUCGAUAGUGGAAAAUACACUAUUGGUCAUUGAAAACGUGUUGAAGAGUGAUUUAUUUAUCUUAUUUAUUUAUUCAUCCAUUCACUCAUACCUCUAUUUAUUAUACUUAUCUUUUUGUUUUGCUGUUGUUUUUUCUAAACCAUGUUUUUACAUACCAUCACAAACGAUCAACGAAUACUUUGAUGUGACUAACUGAUUUUAAGCUUUGCAAGCCUGCAAAAUGUCGAUGGGUUCAAUAGAUUACAUUUGGGAAGUGCCGUGGGCAGAAUAAAUUGCUGUACAGGGUCAUGAGCCACAUACAAAGUGUCUGACACCCUUAACCUGAUCCUGUCCUCAGAGGGGAGCAGUCUUAAUACCUGUAAAACGCUGUAAAUACAUUUGUAUGGUGUAUAUAUGAAUAUACUAUCAGGCUUGAGUUGAAAAGAAACAAAAAAGGCACAUCUAAACCAGCCUGAAAACAGAGUUUAUGUUAGAACUGCUGCUUUUGACGGUCAGAAGGUGUGUGAUGGUUAGAUGGGAAGGUGAAUUUAACUGAACUGGACUGGAAGACUUUCAUAUGGACCAGUGCUCACCGUUCUCAUCUUGACCCUGGACCCUCACCUGCUAUGUCCAUAUGUGUACUGCACUAUAGUGUAUAGUUUGUGUGUGUGUGUGGGGGCGUGUAUUAGGUGCGGGUGGGCGGGUGGUGGAUUUAACAGUGAUUAACACACUAUGACAGAGCUUAACAUAUGCCAGUGUGUGUGCGCUUGUGCGUCAGGGGACCUUCUGUCACAAAAAGUAACGUGAGCGGCUUCUGGAGCAUUAACACGCUUUCAACAGAUGCGAAGGCGCGCGUGUGCGUUCGUGUCAUGCAGCAGAACUUGUGUUUUUUGGCACUGUGAAUCUUCCCUUCCUCCUGAACUCCCACAGUGUAGUGCACUCGCUGUCUGGCACUCGCAGAGAUGCCUACAGCUAACACGGUAAGAGGAAGAUCAUCUGGCUCCCCUCAGAUCAUCAGCACCGUUUCGUUAAGCGUACGCUGUGACAGCACUUAACUACACAAUUGCGACUGAGAGUACACAGACAUGCCUUGCCUCCAUCAAAUGGAUUCAUUUUCUCACCAUCACAAUCAUGGUUUUGUUCGUUUAUGUUGUUUUUUACUCUUCUUUUUUAAGGGAAAUAUGUGUGUGCUAUUUUGACUUUGUUUGAAGAACAAAUGUAUUAAUGCCUUAAAAACAGUUGUAUAUAACAAUCACAAUGGACAAAUUAGACUGAUAAUCCUGUCUUGUCUCUCGCAUGUCAAUUGUGCAUGUUUUUUUGCCACAAUCAAAAAAGUACAAAUGUUACAAAAGAUUACAUCUGCACACCACGUUUGGCCUAUUUUCUGCAUUUUUUACAUAAAUGUUCUGUCCUCCAUCAAUUAAGUAUAACUUUGAUCGGUUUUAACGAAACGUUUUUCUUUGACACUGUGCUGACUAUCUAGUAGACACUAUUUAGCUGUGUCUCCCUCCAUAUUUUAGAGUCCCUUUUACGGGACAGUUUUGACAAUGACUGUCUGAUGGACAUUUUCAUUACCUCUGCAUCACAACGCAUCGGCUCGAUAUCUCUACUUUUCCCGCACCUGAAACCACUCGUAUUCUAGUGCUUGGAUACUAAGUGAGUGUUUGUGUCUGCGGGGGGAUGGAACGGGGGUUGCGAUGGGCAUUUCCUUAAUUAAGGUGAGUAAUGAGUGUGGUGCAGUUGGCAUAUGUGAACACUCCGGCCCCUAAAGGAAGCACAGAUCAUGGAAAAGAUCCCGGAAGACGGCGGAAAAAAGCUGCGAUUUUUUAGCGAGUGGCAUUUUUCACUGCGCUUACCAUUGUGACUGCCUUGGGCACCUCUCGCGAAACAAUUAAGGCCGAAACAUAUGGAAAUUACUGGACAUAGCCAUGGUUAAAUAAGGCGAAUGAUUAUCCCGCCCCAAGGAAAGAAGGCACAUUAUGCUGUUUUCAAAGCCAUUUAGUGACUCUGAUACAAAAAAUCCAGCGAGAGUCAUGAUCCAGCGUAAUUAGCCCGGCUCAACUCCCCUCACCCCCCGCAACUGCGCACAGCAUAACUCUGCCUAGGCAAAAGCGUGAGAUUGCUGACCUGGACUUAACACAGCUAAAAGACAGAGAUGACCACAAACCUCUAGCACUUAAAUGCUUUCAUCUAUUCAAACAGGCUUUGACCAUGCCUCGCUCUGAUGCCAGCCUGAGUCAGGUAGUCUAAAUUGCUGGUUUUGACUCCUCUGACUUUGUUUUGGAUUUCUGAGUCUGGCUAUUUUAUUCAUAGGGAUUUCAAAUGCUAGACUCCUCUGAGUUCUCUGCCCAAAAUACUAGUUUUGUUUGCUGGGCCCGUCAGAGGACAGAAUGAGAAAUGUCCACUUCUCGUGGUUGUGUUUUUACACUGGUGUUUAGAUGUGUGCUCUUUUUGCUGUUAGAUGUCUCUAGCUGGAUGUGACGAGACCGUAAUGAACGAGGGAGUCUUUUCUUUGUCCUUAGAACGAGGCGUUUCUGCAUAGAAUAUCAAAAACUGGUGUUUGUGGUAAACAUCUCUUUAAAAGAGUUUUGUACAUAGCUCUCCACAUCCCCUCCGUGCGUGGUGUCAAGCAGGCGACGAGUUGAGCAUGAUUCCAAAGAUAAUUGGUAGAAGCCGUUUACUGUUCUUGCUGAGAUGUUAGUGCGGGUUCAGAAACCUUUCCUUAGAACAAAACAGACGUUCACUGCACAAACCCAUCUUCACCAUUCAACCCAAACUAAAGACAGCUGCCUUGAAAGUAUGUCUUUUGCAGGAGAGUUCAAAACUUGUUAUCCUUAAUUGUUGGUUAUAUUUAUAUAGGACUAAAAUGCUUGUGAUGAUCUGUUUUUGUACAGUUUUAUGUACAUGCAAGUGAAGCUUUUUAAAUCUUACAACAAAAGCCGAUGGCAUAUAAAAAUCGUAAAGUGUUUAUUGAGAUGUGCACAUCUUGCCUUGGAUGGAUCGAUCUUUUGCUGAGUCAGUGUGAAUGUGGCCGUCGUAUGCCUGCACCGUAGUCAUUCACUGGCUCCUGUCACAGAGGGCUUUAUCAGAUUUUAUGUUUAUCGUGAACAGUGGAUUGUCCGAUCCGACUUGUUUGUUUGAUUCCCAUGUGUUUUGUUUCGUUCUGUUUCCGCAUGUUGAAAACAAACUCCUUGUAAUAAGUCCUUGCAAAGUUUGUAAUAAAACGAGUGAAGGAAAAAACAAAAGAAAUACAUUUGCUUGGUGAGUUAUUGUUUAAGAAUGAAUUUAGGGACUGUGAUAUCUCCAUGGCGCUUUUUCAUUAAUAAAGCAAAAUGUUCUA